AUUGAUCAAUAAAAAUGGAAGAUGAAAAUAAUAUAGAGAAAACUAAAUCCAUCAAGUCAAAGUACAUGGGUCGUACCUUAUUAUUGUUAACUCAUAUUUUAAUUGUGUGGGGACUAUAUACAACAUCAUUUUAUGAAAAUUCAUAAUUAUCAAUCCUAAAUAAUUUAAGAGUAGUUGCUUUUUUUUUUUGGAUAUUACUAUUGACUUGUUAGAUCAGAACUUCUUUUUCUGAUCCUGGAGAAGUCCUUUAGAAAAAUGUUCCAAUUAAAUUGCAAUUAGUUCAUGAUAUGUAUAAUAAAAAAUGUAAGAAAUGUAAUUAAUGGAAACCUCCUAGAGCACAUCAUUGUAAAAGAUGCAAUAAAUGUAUUUUCAAAAUGGAUCAUCAUUGUGAGUGGGAAAAUAAUUGUAUUGGAGCUUUGAAUUAAAAAUACUUUGUUCUAUUCUUAAUUUAUAUGCUUUUACACAUAUUAACAUUAUUGAGUAUUCAUUCAAUUGGAAUUAGUGAGUAUUUUAUGAAUUCAAAAAGAAAGAUUAUACCAAUUUUAAUGACAAUAACAAUAAAGAAAUGUUAAAUAUUGGGUAUUCUAUUAUUAUGUUUCUUUUUUAUAAUUUUUGUAAGUUAAUUGCUUUGGGAUUAAAUUACAGCAAUUAAUGAUAAUUAAACAGUUAUAGAAUCUAGAUAGGGUAAAUUUGGUAGAUAAUAAUCAUUUGUAAAUAAUUUUAAAUAAGUAUUUGGUGAUUAAGAAUGGUAUUAUUGGUUAUUACCAACAAAGCCAAAAAUGAAAUUAAAUUAUGCAGAACUUGUAUAUGGAGAAGAAUUGAUAAAAUAAGGAACAUAAUAUUUGGAGGAUAUAAUAUAUGAUGAAACUAAUCCAGCGAGUAUUCAUUUUAAAGAAUUUAUGUUGGAUAACUAUUCUAAAUAAAAAUAAUGA